UAUAUAUUUAUCAUGAUGACAUGUACAGAGAAUCAGUCAGUCUUUCGUGGUCUUUCGAGCCAUAUCGUGGUAGAUAUAACAACUCAAAUAAAGUGCGUGUGAAUAAUUAUAUUCUUCGACCAUUGCAUAUUGCUAAAACAUUAAUUUGCUGCAGUAAUUUAAAAAAUAUAUAUUUUUCAUCCAUAUAAUUUUGCAAUUACCAUACUGUUCCGAAAUAUUAGUGUUUUACAGAUCUGAAAUAAAUUAUCCUUUUCUUCGACAUGAUGAUAUUUCUAAAACUAUUAUUAAGUAGCGGAUUAAUUUUUAUUGCUGUGACGGCUUUCAUUCGUAAUGAAUCUUUGUGCUAUCGACCAUCAAAUAAUAUAAAACCAAUGCAUUACGAUAUCAAGCUUACAUCAUAUAUUGAAGAAAAUAUUUUCUAUGGAGAAUACAAUAUCAGCAUAAACAUUCUUGACAAAACGCAACACAUAUAUUUACAUUCAAAAAAAUUAUGUAUUGGCAAUAUAGUUAUAAUUACAAAUUUUAAAAAAUAUCAAAAUGAUAAAGAUAUAGUUUAUAAACCGACAUAUAAUACUAAAGAAAACUCAAUUAAUAUUUCUUUUAUUAAUGAGUUAUCACCAGGAAGUUAUAUUUUAAAUAUAGAAUAUUUUGGUACUGCUGAUAAAGGCUUUAGAAUUUUCGACAUGGAAGAAGCUGGAACUGCUUGGGUAGGUGCUCUGCAUUUCCAGAUAAUAGGCGGCCGACAUGCGUUUCCAUGUUGGCAUCGGAAUAAUUUAUUGUUAGAACCAACCUUUAACAUUUCUUUGAGAUGUCAUAACUGCACGACUUUGUCAAACAUGCCAUUGCGAAAUACGGAAAAAGAUAAGUACAAUUUUGAAUGGAAACAUUACAAUACCACACCUGUAAUGAUGACCCAUCACGUAACAAUGGUUGUGUCUAAUCACCUAUUCCCUCUUGGUAUCAAAACUCAAAACAUUGAAAUGUGGUGCAGACUUAAAUCUGGAUUUUACAUGGAAUUUGCAAAAAAUGUAACUGAAAAUAUCACGUUGCAUUUUAAACAUAAAUGGAAACGGGACAUUAUUUGGAACGUGAAUUAUGUUGCAAUUCCAAAUUUCCCUGACAAAGACAUAAACGUUUUCGGACUUGUUCUUUAUAGAGAAACAGAUAUCAUUUACGAUAAAAAAUUAUGUCCUGUUGCUAACAAAAUCGAAGUAGCUCAAUCAAUAGGACGUAAAGUGACAUGGCAAUGGUUUAUUGACAUGAUGGACGAGAAGUUAGUGUCGGAUUUUUGGUUUAAAGAAGGUCUUAUUACAUUGCUUGCAACGUAUGCUGUCAAUAAGACUUAUCCUGAUAAUCAAAUAAUAAAUUUAUUUGUUGUCCAAAAUCAACAUUACUCUUUUAAUUUGGAUGGUUAUUAUAUGUGGCCUUCUACUUCACAAGUUAACAGUUCAUUAGAAAUUCCCAAUUCUAUCAGAGCACCCUUUAUACUACGCAUGAUGCAACACGUCCUCACAGAUAAAAUAUUUGAGAAAGGCAUAAAGACAUAUGUAAAUCGCCUAUAUUUUAAUGACUUUAUGGACGUUAUGAGACUUCCAACUCUAAUAAGAGAUUAUGAUAUUCUUUUACAACAAUCAAAAAUGAAAGAUUGGGCUUUGGAGAAGCAUUGUCCUCUCAUUAAAGUAGAACGUAAUUAUUCUGAUUUAAUGAGUCCAACACAUGUACGGAUACAAUAUAACGACACAUUAAAAAUUCGCUGCAUUUCUGUAACUUUCACUACGCAAACAUUUCUCGAUUUUAACAAUUUUAAUCAUUAUAUGGUAUGCGCGAAAAAGCAUUUAAAAUUAUCAUUACCAUUUGAAGAAAAUGGUUGGAUGAUUUUUAAUAUACAACAAACUGGAUACUAUCGCGUUAACUAUGAUGAACAAAAUUGGCAAAAAAUUUCAAAUUAUCUAAUGUCUGAUAAUUACACGAAGAUUCAUGUUCUUAAUCGUGCCCAAAUUAUCAAUGAUGCAUUUAAUUUAAUGAUAACAGGCGAACUCACAGGCGUUGUAUUCUGGAAUGUCAUAAUUUAUUUGCAAAAAGAGGAAGAUUAUAUACCAUGGUAUCCUAUGUUUAAAGCUCUGGAAUACUUGUCCAGUACUUUUAUAGUGGUGAAAGAAGAAAUUAAGAAUUUUACGUCUAAAGUAAGACAAAUAUUACACGAGAUACUUAAAAGAAUCAAAUAUGGAGAAAUUGAUGAUACAGACGAACUCAGAAUAUGUUUACGACAAGAAGCUGCAAGAUGGGCAUGUUUUUUCGGUGACAUCACUUGUAAGACAGUAGCCAAUAAUAAAUUAAAACAACAUCUCCAAGAUCCUGCAAAAUACAAACUUUUGCCAUGGUGGAAGGAAUGGACAUAUUGUAAAGGUUUGAUGACUACCAUAGACGAGACCACAUGGCAAUUAGUGUAUACUAAAGGAUUGAACAAAUCUGACAGUAAAUUUUUAGAAUACUUGGCUUGCCCUGAAGAUUUUAAUCUCAUCAAAAAUUAUUUAACAUUUAAACAAAAUAUUUCUACAAAGCAGGAUUAUCCAAAUCCUUUUAACAGUUUCUUACAUAUUAUUACGAAGCACGCAAAGAAUUCAACUAUACUGCAGCACAUAUUAUAUAAUUUGCACAGAAUAAAACCAAAAAAUGUUAGUAUAACUGCAGCAUUCAUUAUUAUUAUUAAUAACGUAUAUUCUGUAAAUCAAACUCAGGAAAUAAACAACUACCUUGAAAGCAUAAAGGACCAAGCAGAUCUAUUUGUUGGAAUAAAUUUUACAGAAGAUUUUUUAAAGAGCUAUCGCAUAGAAACGAGUUUCAUUGGGCGGAUUUCUGACAAAAUUGAAAGCCGAAUAUCGAUUCGCAACAAACAAAUCAAAAGACAAAGAGAUUAUUUUGGUAGAUUUUUCUGGUGAUAAAUUCUAAAAUAAAAAAAUUACAACUUUGCAUGGAUGUAUUACUAUUCGAUGCCUUUGUAUUUAUGACUGCAUGCAUCAAGUUUUUCAUUUUUUUACGAACUUACUUGAUGUAAUUGAGCUAUAUAUUAUUGCCUAAGUGCACAAGAAGAUAGCCAUAUAAUAUUACUGUAAAUUUUAUUGGUAGAUGUAAAAUAAAAAUAUAAAUAUAUAAAUAUAAA